AUGGUUUUUCCACCACCUUCAAAAUAUCAAGCCACCACAGGAAAAGGUUUCACACCAGCGCUUCAGCGUGCAAGAAGACCAUAUUUAGUUCGUAAUGUUCUGACGGGAGUAGCUUUGUUAAGUUUUACUGCUGCUGUGUAUUCAUAUGCUAUUUUAGCUGUAAAACAAGAUGAUCUGGGUGAUAUCCCACUUCCUUCUCCUCCUCCUUCUUCUGCAAACAAUAAUAAUAACAAAACAAUUUGA